UCCAUUAAUAUAAAUAGGAGCCUAGUCCCCUCUCCUUUAUGUUCCCUUUGUAUCAACUUCUCACACAAUCAAGCAUCAUGCUUUCUCCUAGUCACCAUGAAGAGGAUGAGGAUCACUCCGUACUCCUCCUCACUCUCUGGCCACCAGGCCAACAAAACCCUAACCCUAGCUCUACUCCUCCUCCUUCGUCGUCGUCGUCGUCGUAUGCGGCAAAGCAAUCAGUUGAUCGGCACGAUGAUGGUAAUGAUGAUGAAAACAAUGUGACUGUUUCCCUGUCGAUAGGGCCACCCGACGACGGAGGAGCCAACUUAGGUACAGAUGCGAGGACUAAUAAUGAUCCUGCAGCGCCGAGCCACUACUGGAUCCCCUCUGCAGCCGAGAUACUCGUCGGGGCUACGCAGUUCUCUUGCGCCGUCUGCAGCAAGACGUUCAAUCGCUUCAACAAUAUGCAGAUGCACAUGUGGGGUCACGGGUCACAAUACCGCAAGGGCACCGAAUCCCUCCGACUCUCAACAAAUCUAAAGCCCACCUCCCCAUCAACCCUCCGGCUCCCUUGCUACUGCAUUGCCGAGGGAUGCAAGAACAACAUUAACCACCCUCGGUCUCGCCCGCUCAAGGACUUCCGAACCCUGCAGACCCACUACAAGCGCAAGCACUGCGCCCGCCCCUUCGCCUGUCGAAGGUGCGGCAAGAGUUUUGCUGUGAGGGGGGACUGGAGGACCCAUGAGAAGAAUUGCGGGAGGCUCUGGUUUUGCAUUUGUGGGUCGGAUUUUAAGCAUAAGAGGAGCCUGAAGGAUCAUGUUAGGAGCUUUGGCGGCGGGCAUGCGCCGCACAUUGUGGAGUCGGUGGCGGCGAUGGAGGUUGAGGAUGGACAUGAGGAGGAUGGAGAUGAGGAUGUUGAUGACAUGGUAAUUUAUUAAAGAUAAUUGAUUAUAAUUAUGUGGAUUACUCAGUUAUAUAUAUAUAUGUAGUGUGUUCUCAACUGUUAGAACAUGUGUUUGUAACCUUUAUAUAUAGUAUUAAAGACUCCUGCUUGGUAGUAAUUAUUAUCC